AUGGCGCACAGGAGCCCGUCUGAGGCCAAACACAGCCAAGGUGCACUCAUGCCAAGUCCUUCGACGCAGGAAGGCCUGAAGCGCCAGGCGAUGCAAGCGCGCUCCUACCUGGAGCGACAUGAGCUGCUAAAUUGGAUGCAGGACGUCCUCCAGAAUCUGUUGAAAGAUCAACCAGAUGAUCCUUGGACCUUCAUCGAGGCAAGUGUGCAGAAGAGGAAGGCAACGAAACUUCCGAAGCUGCAGCACGGAGCCGUCCUUCCAGUGGUGUCACCAAGAAGCAGGGAGAAGGCUGAAACCUUGCUGCCGUUGAUUGGCAAUCUGAAGAAGCUCGAAUCGGACCAACAGGAGCGCCGGGCGGAACUUGCGGCUCUCUUGGCGAAGCAGCCACCCAGGCCUAGUGAGGCAGAGGAGGCUGAACGCCGCGCGGCAAUCCAGGCGAACUUAGACCGGCUCGAGGAGCUGAAGAGCGACACGGCUGUGCUGGAAGCAACGCGGGCAAAGCUCCAGCGAGCUCAACCGGCAGAUCCACCUACCUGCCACACUGAGGCGUUACAGACGGAUUCGACAUCGCCGAAUGCAGAAAGGAGGCCGGCAGCGCUGAAGUCAGAGCCGCAGGAGGCCGUGGCGGCCGCAAAAGCCGAGACAGGCUUCGAUUUCGCCUCCUUCUAUGCAGCGCACGCUGGCACCAGCGAGACCUCCGCGUCGCUGCCCAGGCUCUAUGCGCAGUUCUUAACGCUGCGCUGCGCCGCAUCUGCACCGAAGUCUCCGCAGAAGGAGGCCGUUCCACGACCCUUGGCUCCGGCUCCGUUUGGUGCCCCCGGGUCCUUCGGCGACUACUACGCCGCCCACGUGGCCACGGCUCUGAUGCCUUCAGAGCUGCCGAGGCUCUAUGAACAGUUCCGUGGGAAGUGGGCGGCUGGGUCCAAAGUUAGGAAAUCGCGCCGCCCAGACAAGGUCUCAUCCCCCCGGGCUCCGGCUCCCUUCGGUGGCCCGGGAGCUUUCGGCGACUACUACGCCGCGCACGUGGCCACGGCUCUUAUCCCAGAGAACCUGCCGAGGCUCUACGAACAGUUCCGCACCCCGAAGCCGAGUGCCGGAGAUGGCCUCAAAGUGCCGCAGAAGGAGAAGGUCCCUUCGGCCGCCCCUUCUUCCUCGCGGUCCACGGCCGUGAGCUCGGCGCGGUCCAAGGACUCCCAAUCGUCGCGUGGACGAGGCUCGCGGCAAGAACAGCCUGCCAUGAAAAAGCUGCCUUUGGCGGGCUUGAGGCCGUCGUCAGAGUCUACCGCACGCUCUUCUUCCGUGCCUGAGGUCGCGAGCAGAAGAUCCAGGCCUGACUCUGCAGCGAGACAGCAGAUGGACAGCCGGCAACGCAAGACGCGAGAAGCCUUGCAGCAGCUGACCCAGGCGGCAUCGGUGCCCAUCUCCAAGUCAACGCCGGAGCUCGGCAGAGGCGAUGGCAAAGGCCCCAAGGCACCACCGACUGUGAGUCAACCCCAGGCAAAGAAACCUCCGCAGCCGCCUUCGCAACCGCCAGCGCCCCGAGAGGCCACCAGAGCGGUGAUCCCCAGGCCCCGCAGCGAUCGCUCACAGGAUCCUCCACCACAGCGAAGGGCGGAGCCUGCGCGGCUCGAGCCUUUACCCGCGCGGCGCCAAAGACAGGGCUACGCCGGCCCCAGUCUCCGAGACGAGAUGCGCGUGCGCGACGAGCUAGGAAAGCUCUUCUCCACUUCGAAGUGA